AUGUCAUCCACAGAAGUAUCGACCACCACCGAGACUAGCGCCGUCGCCACCAAGCUCAGCCUUACCGCCACUGAGAAGCCGAUCGACAUCGCUCGGGAUGCUCAGAGAGUCUUCGAAGUCCUCAAGAAAGGCGGUCUCGCAAUCAUUCCAGGCGAUGUCGGCUAUGGCCUUGUCGCUAUGGACCCUAAGGCCUUGGAGCGAGCCUUUGUCACGAAGCAACGACAGCCCCACAAGCGCCAUGCGAUGCUCGGAAGCUUCGCACUGCACAAAGAGCUGCAUGUCCUACCUGAGCGGGAAGCGAACAUGGUGGAACUCCUUACCAGAGACAUCGAUAUACCUCUAGGGGUUGUUGCUCCCUGCAAAAUGGAUCAUCCGCUCCUCCAGAAGCUCGGCCCGGAAACACUGGCACGAAGCUCAGUAGACGGAACACUCGGUAUGCUGGUAAAUGGAGGCAAACUUCAGGAUGAGCUCGUUCGGCUGAGCUCUAGCGCUGGACUGCCAUUGAUGGGCUCUUCAGCAAAUCUGUCCGGGAAGGGCACCAAAUGGCUGGUAGAGCAUAUUGAACCGGAGAUCCUGGCUGCAGCCGACAUCAUCAUCGACUAUGGCUGGAGAAAGUACUCUCUACCGCGGACGUCUUCAACGAUGAUUGACUUCAGGACACUAGAAGUGUUGCGGUUUGGCUGUUGCUAUAACAUGAUCCAAGAUGUAUUUCAGCGCUACUAUGGUAUCACAAUGCCGGAAGAUCCUGGUCGAGAGGUCAACUUCAGCGGCCACAGGCGCGAGGCUGCGAAGGAGUCUCCAGUUCAGAUAUCGGCGUAG